AUGGGAACAAGAGCAUCUAAUAAAGAAGGCACUGAUUCUGAAAAACCAGGCCACCACCAACACCACAACCAACCAUCCACCACCAAUACAAACACCACCGCCAUCAACCCUUCUUUUACCAAUACAAACACCAAUACAAACACCAAUACCAAUACCAAUACAAAUACCAAUAAUAGUAAUAAUAAUAAUACCACCUCCACCAGUCGAGGAUCAAACAAGAGCAAACAACAAGCACUCAAACUUGCCCAAGAACAGUUUCUUGCUAGACACAUCAACUCCAACGGACCCCAGGACGAAGACCCCAUCGACCCCCUUGAUUUCUCGACGUUGCCGGCACUGGGGUUGAACAAGUACCGGGCAAAAUAUCAUCUCGAUGUUCCUGAAGCGAUGUCGAACUACGGGGUCAUGUUAUCGACUAAGAAAACUUAUAGUGAACGAAGACAGGUACAGGGACCGCCUGGCCAUCGGGUGACCAAGCCGGUGUUGGCAGAGGUGGUGAAGCGGCAUUUCUUGGGGCAGACGGUGAAGGAGACCGAUGUGAUUGCCAACUUUUUGUAUACGGUGAAGAACGAGGGUGAGUAUUGUUUUGUUAUUUUUAUUUGCAGUGAUGUGUUGUGUUACUAA